AUGUAUCCAGUUGUAUCAGAUGCGUUUCCAACAGUGUUCAAGGCGGAUUUAGCGAAUUUGGCACCGUCUGGAGUGAAGAAAGAGGUUCUCUUGACUUUGGACAUCUUGGUGGCGACCAUCAUUGGGGCAAUGGUUUGGAUGGUGAUUCCUUGGUGUUCAUAUUCCUUGCGAAGAAUGGCGAGUUGGUGGAAGUGUAUUAAUGGUGGUGAUGUUGGCAAGUCUCUCAAUUCCUCCGUCAACCUUGUGAAGAACAUCUGGGUAUUCAUAACUGAGGCCGACGUUGUUGACGAGGACACCGAUUUCAACUUGGUUCAAGGUGGCAAGAAGAUCCUUGUAUCCGGAUGGGGCAGCAUUGGUGAAGUCAUAAGCAGCGGUACGCACUUCGAUGUUGGAGUACUUCUCAAGAAUUUCCUUCUUGGUUUCAUCGAGUUUCGAUUGGGUGCGAGAGACGAUGAAGACGUUGAAUCCACGACGAGCGAGCUCGAAGGCAUAAGCCUUUCCAAUUCCUCUCGGCAAGCUCUUUGGUUGGAUCAUCAGAUGGUGGAAGAUGUUGAGAAAGCUCGGCAGCAUGAUUACGUGCAACCUCAGCAACGGUUACAUUCGAAAUCCACCCAAUGGAGUAUUGAAGUCUUGUCCGGAGAUAAGAGAUCCUCCUGCGGAUGGACGAUCAGCAUUAGCAUUGGAACCGCUAGAGCGAGAAGCGGAUGGACGAGAAGAGAAACUGUUCGUGCUGUUUCUCCACCUCCAGUUACAGGCUCAAGGCGGCAGCGACCAGCUUUAAACUCGACGAUGUGUCCAGACGAAGAUGUCGUCGAACGGGCGUUGCUAAACAUGGCAGUCAUGUUCUGA